CGGGUCAGGUGACGCUGCGGGGCGGGCGGACGGACUGCGGGGCGGACGGUGGACGCAGGGACGCGGUUUUCUGGCCCACCGAUCCGACCCCUGCCGUCGUCGCCGCCAUGACGGGGCUGGCGCUGCUCUACUCCGGGGUCUUCGUGGCCUUCUGGGCCUGCGUGGCGGUUGUGGGAAUCUGCUACACCAUUUUUGACCUGGGCUUCCGCUUUGAUGUGGCAUGGUUCCUGACUGAAACUUCCCCCUUCAUGUGGUCGAACUUGGGCAUUGGCCUUGCCAUCUCCCUGUCGGUGGUGGGGGCAGCGUGGGGCAUCUAUAUUACCGGCUCUUCCAUUAUUGGGGGAGGGGUGAAGGCCCCCAGGAUCAAGACCAAGAACCUGGUCAGCAUCAUCUUCUGUGAGGCUGUGGCCAUCUAUGGCAUCAUCAUGGCAAUCGUCAUUAGCAACAUGGCAGAGCCUUUCAGUGCCACCGAACCCCAUGCAAUUGGCCAUCGGAACUACCACGCAGGCUACUCCAUGUUCGGGGCUGGCCUCACGGUGGGCCUGUCUAACCUCUUCUGUGGAGUCUGUGUGGGCAUUGUGGGCAGCGGAGCCGCACUGGCCGAUGCACAGAACCCAAGCCUCUUUGUCAAGAUUCUCAUCGUGGAGAUUUUUGGCAGUGCCAUUGGCCUGUUUGGUGUCAUCGUGGCAAUCCUUCAGACUUCCAGAGUGAAGAUGGGUGACUAGAUCGUCUGUAUGGGUGUGGCCGUGCCCCCCUCUUAUUUAUUUGUGGUUUUCCUGGGAUAGCUGGCAUUGUGCCCCUUAACCUUGCCGGAGGCUUGGUGUUCAGGAGCCCUCCCUGCACUCUUGCCGCCUGUCAACUUGGUGGCACUGCCUGGCUGGAUCCUUAUUGUGGGGAGUGGGUCACUGAUGACUGGGCGCAGCCAUGCUCCAGGUCCCACCCCAUCCUGUCUUCCCAGUGUUUGUGAAAUAAACAUGGUAUUUGUCUGGA